AUGGUCCGAAUUGUGUUGCUUUCCUUGCUCGUCUCUGCUGCAACUAUAUGGGCGGAGCCUGGCUCUACCGGUAACAGUGUGUGUGCACAAUGGUGUUCUCUCAACUAUGCCAAUCCUGGCAAGGACUGCACAUCCCUCGCCGCCCAAGGCGGUGGCCCCUGCUAUAAGUGCGGUCCGUUGAAGACAGUUGUAAGCAUGAAAUGCUGUAACGAAAAGUGCUACGAUACCGACAACGACGACAACAACUGCGGCGACUGCGGCAAGAAGUGUCCAAGCGGUGAGAAGUGCAAGAGUGGCAAGUGCGCCCCAGUUUGUCCCUCUGGCCAGAAGAUGUGCGGCGACAAGUGCUGCAAUACCGACAACGACGACAACAACUGCGGCGACUGCGGCAAGAAGUGUCCAAGCGGCGAGAAGUGUAAGAGUGGCAAGUGCGCCCCAGUUUGUCCCUCUGGCCAGAAGAUGUGCGGCGACAAGUGCUGCAAUACCGACAACGACGACAACAACUGCGGCGACUGCGGCAAGAAGUGUCCAAGCGGCGAGAAGUGCAAGAGUGGCAAGUGCGUCUGA